AAAUAACAAAGUAAGGAUAUCAUGCAAUUCGUGGAUACUUUUCUUAAUUGAACUGCUACGUUGACUGAUUUCUGUCCAUUUUUGCUCUCCGAAGAGAUGUCCUCUCUUCUAUUGUCAGCGUUUGAGCGGUGAUGACUAAAGCCUUCUGUUCCUCGUCUUACUAUUACUCUACACUCUGGGAUCUGUCUAUCUGGACUUCUGUAGCAUGUUGAGAUGCGUUCAGAGGGCUUUCUUAUCAGCUGUGUCCUCUUCCUCAUCCUCUUUCCCAGUGUUGUGAAAACACUUUUCAGCCCUGAAAAUUACCUGGAGAGUUCAUAGCAAAACAAAGGGAUUCAAUAUGAACUGGGAGAAUCUUUGCACAUCAAGGAGAAGCUGGAUGGUGAAAGUCAACUGAUAUCCUACUCAAGAUGGUGCACCCGACAGACUACUCUCUCAUAGUCAUACCACUGAUACCACAAUAAGGACAACGUGAGAGAAACAACAUGGAAAGUGAAGGAAUACAGAACUCAUCUAGAAAUGGCAAUGCGACUGACAUCCACCUUGCCACACACAGUCUAUGGGAGGUCAUAACCAUAGCAACUGUGUCGGCCAUCGUGAGCCUGAUUACGAUAGUGGGCAACAUCCUAGUGAUGCUGUCGUUUAAGGUAAACAGCCAGCUGAAGACAGUCAACAACUACUAUCUGCUGAGUUUGGCUGUAGCUGACCUCAUUAUAGGUGUGUUCUCUAUGAACCUCUACACCUCCUACAUACUGAUGGGAUACUGGGCACUGGGGAGUAUCGCCUGUGACCUCUGGUUGGCUUUGGACUACGUGGCUAGUAAUGCAUCAGUGAUGAACCUGCUGGUCAUCAGUUUUGACCGGUACUUCUCUAUCACCCGACCUCUGACCUAUAGAGCCAAGCGCACCCCCAAACGGGCUGGGGUCAUGAUAGGCAUGGCCUGGCUGGUGUCCCUCAUCCUGUGGGCCCCUCCCAUACUGUGUUGGCAGUAUUUUGUGGGGAAAAGGACAGUCCCUGAGAGGCAGUGUCAGAUCCAGUUCUUCUCUGAGCCAGUGAUAACAUUUGGGACAGCCAUUGCUGCGUUUUACAUCCCUGUGUCCAUCAUGACCAUCCUUUACUGUCGGAUCUACAAGGAGACGGAGCGUCGCACAAAGGACCUCGCUGAGCUCCAGGGCAUCAACAGUUCCACAGACGCUGGUACCACCAAGCCCCAGAAAACCAUAAUCAGAUCCUGCUUCAACUGCAACCAGCUCAGCUCUGCCUCCCGGGACAGAACCCGGGCCUCCUGGUCCUCCUCCAACAGGAGCCACGCAGCCAAAUCAGCCGCUGCCACCAACAACGAGUGGUGCAAGAGCGACCAGCUGACCACCUUCAACAGCUAUGCCUCCUCGGAGGACGAAGAGCGGCCCAUGUCCCCGGGGGUCUUCCAGCCCACCUACCGAAACCAGUCAUGUGGGCCGAGCAUGGGUGCAGAGGGCUGUGAGAAUGAGCAGCUCAGCAGUUACGAGGACAACUUCUUCCACACCCCUCCCAAGACCAACUCCCAUAAGAGCAAGAAGUGUGUGUCCUACAAGUUUAAACCAGUUCCCAAAGAUACUUCCAGUGGUGCCCAGCAGAGCAAGAACGGGGACACCAACAUGGUCCCAUCAUCUUUCUCCUCAGCAGACUCCAUGAGUGCCCCACCCUCCACUACUUCCUGCAAGCCAAUAGAUGCAACUCUGAAGAUCCAGCUGACCAAGAGAAAGAGGAUGGUGCUGAUCAAGGAGAGGAAGGCUGCCCAGACUCUCAGUGCCAUCCUGCUGGCCUUUAUCCUGACGUGGACACCAUACAACAUCAUGGUGCUCAUCUCCACCUUCUGCUCUGACUGUAUCCCUGUGUCUCUCUGGCACCUGGGCUACUGGCUGUGCUAUGUCAACAGCACAGUCAACCCCAUGUGCUACGCGCUCUGCAACAAGACCUUUCAGAAGACCUUUCGCAUGCUGCUGCUUUGUCAGUGGAAGAAGAAGAGAGUGGAAGAGAAACUCUACUGGUUCGGGCAAAACCCUGUAGUGAGCAGCAAACUAACUUGA